AUGUCCAACAUCGAACCAGAGUCCUCCUUCGACAAGAGCAAGGGCAUCACCUCCGGUGUCCAGGUCCUCCCCUCCUAUGAAGACGCCGACGACCAGGUCCUCGGGCCCCUCCCCACGUCCAGGAAGAACAAGGCCAAGCAGGUCCUCAAGAGUCUUGUCACCAAAGAUGGGUGGUUGGGUGAUUAUGACUACGCAGCGUUGAUGAUCCCCUACAUUCCCUUUGUCACCAAAAAGCAAAACAAAGAACUGCCGUUCUACACUGUCAACGAGCGUCUACCGCACUUGCUUCUUUUCAUCCUCGGACUGCAACACGCACUGGCAAUGGUCGGUGGUCUCGUCACUCCCCCGCUGCUCCUCGCCGGUCCCGCUGGUGCCAACCUCGGUACUGAAUCCCAACUAUACUUGGUCUCCGCGUGUCUUAUCUGGUGCGGCGUCGGUACCGCGAUCCAGGUCAGUCGAUGGAAGAUCCCCAAGACGGGGUACUUUUUUGGUACAGGUCUGAUCAGUGUUACCGGAACAUCAUUCGCUUUCGCCAACAUCGCCCUCGCCUGGCUCUCCCAAGCCUACGCCGACGGCACAUGCUCCUACGACACUGACGGCGUCACUAAACUCCCCUGCCCCGAAGAAUUCGGUGCCAUCCUCGGUACCGCCACCCUCACCGGCAUCUUCGCCAUUGCCCUCUCCUUCGUCCCUCCCCGCGCCAUCCGGAAAGCAUUCCCACCGCUCAUCACGGGUACCAUGUUGAUGUUUAUCGGCGCCUCCCUCAUUAAGAGCGGUGUGAACAACUGGGCGGGAGGCUCGGGGGUGACUUGUGCGACUGAUCAUACUGUCAAGUGUACUGCCGGUACCCGGGAAGAGUACUGGGGGUCUGCGACUUUUAUCGGCCUCGGUUUCUCCUGUUUCGCAGUCAUCAUCGUCUGUGAACUCUUCGGAUCAGCAUUCAUGAAAUCCGCCUCUGUCUUUUUCGGGUUGAUCAUCGGUAUGAUCAUUGCGGCAGCUACGGGCUUUUUCGACAAGGAGACGAUCACGAGUGCGCCAGCGGGCAACUUUUUGUGGGUGCAGACGUGGCAUCUGAGUUUGAGAGGGCAGUUGGUUUUGCCGAUGAUAGCUGCCUGGGCAGUCAUCGUCGCUGAGACUAUCGGUAACGUUACCGCCUCUUCCGACGUGUCUCGAAUGCCAAUCAGCGGCGGCGAAUUUGAAUCCCGUAUCCAAGGCGGUGUCCUCGCCGACGCCGUCAUGGCCACCGUCGCCGGCCUCGCCACCGUCCCCCCCUUAACCACCUUCUCCCAAAACUCCGGCGUCAUCGCCCUCACCCGCAACGCCUCCCGCUCCUCCGGCUACAUGUGCGCCUUCAUCCUCUUCCUCAUGGGCAUCAUCGGUAAAUUCGGAGCCAUAUUCUGCGCCGCGCCGGCGAGUGUCAUUGGGGGUUUUACGACCUUCUUGUUUGGGGCGGUGGCGACGAGUGGGGUGAGGGUGUUGGCUUAUGCGAGGUGGACGAGGAGGGACCGGUUCAUUGCGACGGUGGGGAUGGGGUUGGGGAUGGCGAGUCUUUGUGUGCCCGAUUGGUUCUCUUACUUUUUCACCUACACUGGCGAUAAUGCCGGCAAAGCCGGCCUCAUCCAAGCCGUCAUCCUAAUAGUAGAAGAACCCUACCUCAUCUCCGCCCUCGUCAUGAUCAUCCUCAACCUCUGUAUCGCCGAUGAGCUGCCGGAGGAGGUGGCAAAGGAAGAAGAAGGGACGACGACGAGUAGCGAGGAGGAGAAGAGGGAGUGGAAUGAGCCGAAUGUGAGGAGGACGGAGAGUAGGGUUGUUAGGGAAGAGGCGGGGCCGAGUGGGAGUGGGAGUGGGAGUGGGAGUGGGUCGGGUAGUGGGUCGAGCAGUGGGUCAGGGUCGAGGAGGGAGCCGGAGGCAGAGUUUAUCGAGAUGCGGUAA